CACUGCUUGCUAACAACAAACACAGGGAGUAGGAUGAGCCUGGAUGGCUGCCUCGCCACGUACACAGACUACUGUUUGGAAGGCCUGAUAGAUAAGAGCUUCAUGGCGCUGCUUGAAAGAGAGGCAGCGAUGCAUCCGGGUGGUAUAGAGGUUGAAAGGUCACCCUAUGAAAAGUGUUUUCCACUGGAACAACAAACAGAAGCAUCCUGUCUGAGCUUCAUUUUCAUCCAUGGAUACAGUUAAAAGGGGCUGUGGGGCCUGUUACUCUCUGCAGACACACAGACUUGGUUGUACCAUUAGUUUCAAUGGAGCAGAGCCACUGUUAGCCAACAGAAAUUAAACUAACAUGGUGGACUCGUUGGUCAACAUCAUCCAGCUUUCAGGGGGGGUCUGUCUGUCUGUUUUUAUGUCCUUUAUGCCCACUGACAUGAGCUGCACCGCACAACAGUGUAAACCUUUUCUUCUGCAUUAUUUUCUUUGCAGGUCGGGUUGCAAUUCUUUACGCUAAUGAACUGCGUCAUACCAACAACUUUCAAACUUUGAAAGUCCCAGUUUUGAGUGUUUUUUUCCCUGUGUGAAUUAAUAUUUAGAUUUGAAUGAGUCAACAUAAAAACACAUUAUGCUGCAGAGUAGGCCAGGCCAUAAGUAAAAAAUAAAGCUGCAGCUUCAGCAGCAGCUCAGAUUUUGAUGAUGAGUGUCUUUGUUUAUUUUCUAACAUCAGGUUUGAUUUCUGUCAUUUUUAAGAUUACAACAUUAAAGCUUUGAAACUUGCUCUUUUUCUAUCUGAUGGUGUUUGUAUUGGAAAAAGAUGGCGAUGAUUCCUUUUUAGGGCUAUUUACAGCCUCUGUAGGUGGGAUAUGCUGCCUUCAGGUGCAAAUAUGUGUACGUGAUCCUAUUUCCAAGUUUGUUUGUAUCUGUAUUUGCUGGUGCAUUUGAGUGCAUUUAUUAGGACUGAUAACAGAGUGAACAUCAUUAAGUUUAGACAUUUACUGGGGAUAUCCAGCAGGGCUCUGAGAGAAUGAAUAGGAGAUAAUGUAUAGCAGACAGUGGAACAUGUUCCAUCACAAGCCUUGCAUUCAAAAUUGUACCUAAUUAAAAAUAAAUAUAAAAGAUAUAUUGAAAGGACCAUACCUGAAGUGCUGUAUGAUUUAGCUCCAAAGUGCAUUUCAGCUGAAUACUUUGCAAAUCACUUUGCUCUGUUUAACACAUUUAAAUGCAUAUUUUUCCUCUUCAAGGUAUCCAUUAAUUUUCAUUUGAUGUAAAAAUCCAUAUGCUGACCAUUGUAACGUGCUUAAUACUUCAUAAUCACUUUCACCUUCAGUAUCGAGCGUGUAUGCAAAUCAUAGGAUUCAGUGGCAUCUAGCAGUGAAGCUACAGAACUUAAACUUCUCCUGUGUCCCUGGUGUGUACGAGAACUAUGGUGGCUAACACGAAAACAAGAAAAUGCGAAUGGGGCUAUCUGGAGCCAGUUUUUGGUUUGUCCGUUCUGGGCUACUGUAGAAACAACAUGGCAGACUCCAUGGAAGAGGACCCACUCCAUAUGUGGAUAUAAACAGCGCAUUCUAAGGUAAUGAAAACACAACUAUUUUUAUAUUCAGGUGAUGAUAUGUAAGUGGUGGACUCUAAUAUCUGCGUUGUGUUUAUAUAAAGAGCCCAGACCAUGGAUAUCUUUGGAGGCAAUUUAUUCCUGACAGCGAGUGGCAAAAACAGAAUCCUCUGUCAAACACAACCAUACAAACUCAAGCCCCUCUCCCACCUAGCGCAACAGCUAAAGGGCGUCAUGUUACAUUCAGUUAAGCACAAUGGAACACAGAAAACAUACCUGACAGCAAGUGGCAAAAAUAAAAUCCUCUGUCAAACACAACCAUACAACCCUGAGCGCCUACAUUAAUUAAGCAACACAAGAAUAUGUUAGCAUAAAAUGAACAUAGCCUAACAGUGCUAAAACAUGAAAAUUACCACAAGAGCAAUGUCACUUACUUCUUCCACAGAGCACAACAGCAAAAGGGGACAGGUAAGGAGGGAGACACCCCUAUAUAGGUGGGGUACCCCCAAAGGUGCACAUAGGGGUACAGAAAUUGAGUAUCAAAUGGUCCACAUACUGAGAACGGAGGCCUUAGCAUGUCAGGUAAUAACAACUGAAACAUAUUUUGUAGAAUUAUAAUACUUGAUAUUACAAAUGUACAUUUGACUUUGUUACACAUAUUACUGCUGUAUGAUUGACCCUGUUACAUAUAAACUAAUUAAAAUGGGGUUAGAAUUAUUAGAUACCAUUUCUGCCAAUAGAUGCCCAUAAGUCCUACACAUUAUCAUCAUGUUUGUAUAAUUUUGGUCAGGCUCACUUUAUUGUGAAGAAGUGACACAGUGCCUUCAAACUAAAAAUGUAAAUGCUAAAUGGACUGCAUUUAGUAUUAUCAUUAUUAUUUUAAAAAUAUUUAUCAGUACAUUAAAAUGUAAAUAUGCUACAGUUACUCUCCCCUCUUACAAAUCGAUUUUUUUUUAAAAUACUAAACUGACCCCAAAUCAUCACUUUCAACACCAGUCUUUGACUGAGCUUGUAUCGUCUCCACCCACUAAACGUCACAUCUGUGCAGCUCGAGCUGUCAAAGAAAUAUCCGCCUGAGUUUCACUUUGUUGAAACCUCCAGACCGGCAACAAACUCGCAAUUACGACUGCACCUGAAGGCAGCAGUGGAUCCUGGCACUCGUUAAGCUCAGGUGGAGGAGGAAAAAAAAAAAAAAAGACCGUAACAUUAUUUUGCCUUUCGCCUUUGGCUGGCAUGGUAGAGAAUCCUCAGUAGUUGUUUUUUAUCUUCAACUUUAAGGAGAUUCAGCAGAGUUUUUCCUUUAUUUUAUUUAUUUAUAUUAGACCCGCAGUGAGUGGCCUGGUGUCACGCAUGGCUCCCCGGGCGGUCUGGCUCCUGGUCGCGCUGUCCGGUGUCCUGAAUGUGCGCUCCUGCUGGGCUUAUACCUGUCCUGCCAUCUGCCGCUGCAGCGCAGACACUUUUCAGUGCAGCAGAGACACUCAGCUGGCCUCUCGGGCAGGAUCAGCAUCCGUGCCUCGACUAAGGCUCAAUCAUCUGCCCUUGAAAGAAGUCCCAACUCAUGCAUUCAAGGACCUGGUCAACAUUACAGUAAUUGAGAUCUCCCAGAGCGACUGCAUCGCACAGAUACGGAGACAUGCCUUCCUCUCCCUCCGCAGCCUGGCUCAAAUUUUAGUGCAGAAUAUCAACAGUCUGAGGGUGAUUGAGAAGGGGGCCUUCACUGACCUGCCCAAACUGGAAUAUUUGAGCAUCUCAAACACAGGGCUGAUACACUUCCCAGACUUCACAACUAUCUCCUCCCUGGCGCCAUAUUUUAUCCUAGAAAUGGCAGACAACAUGAGGAUUGACAUCAUUCCUGCCAAUUCUUUCCAGGGUAUCACAGAGGAGUAUGUUGACAUGAACCUGGUAAGAAACGGCUUCAAGAGAAUAAAAUGUCACGCAUUCAAUGGAACCAAGCUCAACACACUGAUUUUGAGAGACAAUAGGUAUCUCAGUGACAUUGGAGAAGACGCUUUUGAAGGAGCCAUGGGUCCAAGUUCACUGGAUGUUUCCUCCACAGCUCUGAGUUCCCUCCCCCCUAAAGGACUGAGGCAGGUGAGGUUUCUAAAGGCCAUCUCUGCCUUCGCUCUGAAGACCCUCCCUCCACUGGAGAGCCUGGCUGAGCUGCUGGAGGCCGAGCUCACGUACCCCAGCCACUGCUGCGCCUUCCACACGUGGCGUCGGAAACAAAGGGAGAGCGCCUUAAAGAACUUCACAAAGUUUUGUGACCUCAGCCAAACUGAUAUAGAGCCCACUGCAGAUGGUGUGAAUCUUAUCGAUGACAUCAACUUUCAGUAUCCAGAGCUGGAGUUUGAUUGCUUGUCCAGCCCCUUCGUAAAGUGCAUGCCAAAGCCAGAUGCUUUUAACCCUUGUGAGGACCUGCUGGGCUUCCCCUUCCUGCGCUGUCUCACCUGGAUAAUUACAGUGUUCGCUGUGACUGGCAACCUGGCUGUUCUGGCUAUGCUCCUAAUUAGCCACCAUAAGCUGACCAUCUCCAGAUUCCUCAUGUGUAACCUGGCCUUCGCUGACCUGUGCAUGGGGCUCUACCUAAUGCUCAUCGCCUUCAUGGACUACCGCUCCCGACACGAGUAUUACAACCACGCCACGGACUGGCAGACAGGGCCUGGAUGUGCCAUAGCGGGGUUUUUGACAGUGUUUGCCAGCGAGCUGUCAGUAUAUACAUUGACUGUGAUUAGCCUUGAACGCAGGCACACCAUCACUCAUGCCAUGCAUGUCAACAAGAGGCUGCGGAUGCAUCAUGUGGCAGCCAUAAUGGGGGCAGGCUGGGGCUUCUCUCUGCUGGUUGCUCUGCUCCCUCUUGUGGGGGUCAGCAGUUACAGCAAAGUGAGCAUCUGUCUGCCCAUGGACAUCGACACACAAGGCUCUCAGAUUUACGUGGUCGCUGUGCUCAUUCUCAAUGUAGUCGCUUUCCUGUUGGUCUGCUACUGCUACAUAUGCAUAUAUCUGAGUGUUCGUAACCCAGAGCACUCUACCCGUAACGGAGACACCAAGAUUGCCAAGCGCAUGGCUGUGCUAAUUUUCACAGACUUUCUGUGCAUGGCCCCAAUCUCCUUCUUCGCCAUCUCCGCAGCCCUGCGCAUGCCCCUCAUAACCGUGUCUCACUCAAAGAUCCUGCUCAUCCUUUUUUAUCCCAUAAACUCCCUCUGCAACCCUUUCCUGUACACCCUCUUCACACGGGCUUUCAGGAAGGACGUGUGCCUGUUGCUGAGUCGCUGUGGCUGCUGCCACGCCAACGCUGACUUCUAUAGGUCACAGACUCUGGCUUCACACCUCAACUGUACCCAAAAAACAUCCAACAAAAAGCAUCACUCACUUAGUUUCUAUACCUUUCACAUUAAGAUGAAGGACUGCUUCCUGAAUAAGGGAGCGACAUGACCUGCAACACUGAGCUAUUUAUAAUGAACUUAAAGGCAGCAUCUGCUGCUAAACAUGGAGCACUUCAACAUUUAGGGUCAAGGUGAAGAGAUUCUUAGUACUGUAUGCGUCAGAUCACACUUGACUAGUUUACAAAGUAUGAAUUUCAUCCGGCAGAACCAAGACACUUCAAAUUGGAGACAACAGGUACCGCAGCCUCCAUUUCUGCACAUGUAAUGUGGUACAGAGACGCAGACAGAAGCAGAAGAAAUGCAGAACAUGUAUAACAGGCCAGUUCACACAGCCGUCCUUAAGCACUGAUGAUCAUUUGUUUUAAUAAGAUCAAGAUAUAUAUUUAGCACUUGUGUCAGAUGUUACAAAGAAGAGACAUUUAGUUCUAUUAAAGAUCAAUACACUGAAAAUAUUUAUUAUUUUGUCCUUAGAAAGGUUAAGAGUUUAGGUUUUAAUACAAUGAGGUGAAUGGGAUCAAAUGCAGUCUUGCUUCAGCUCAUCAGAGGUGAGUUUUAGUGCCAUCUGUUGGGUUGUACUCAGGAGACAACCCAACAAGCCUGGGAGACUUGAAGACUGCAGACAUGCAAGAGCAGCCACAGAGACUCAGUUCAAGUUGGAGCUUGGUCGACCAGAAACAUUUCUGCUGUUCAGACUGUUUGAAUGAUUUCAGAUAUUUUGAUUAAAAAUGUGGUCAACUAUUUAUGCUUACCAUCUUUUGCAAUUUGUCUGCCAGUUUUGCUAAAAACACUUCUCAGCUCAACUUUUACCGCUG